CCCUCCGCGCCUCGUCGCAAACGCCAUCUCCAUCUCGUCCUGCAUUCUCUCGCUCGCCCCUCGCAUGCUGCCGCCGUGUCCUUCUCGCCAUGGCGCCUAGCGAUGUCCACCCCGCGCCCGACGCCCAGAGCUUGGCGUCCACGAGCGGCGACAGUGGUGUGCAGGUCGCGUCUGAUUGGUCGAGCGCACAUCAGCAGAAUCCUGCGAGCGCGACCACGACGCACGACGAAGACGACCGUGACAAUUUUGACGAUGCGGAGCCUUUCGAUGACAACGACUCAGCCUUCGACGACGGCCCAUCGCUCGAGGACGACACGUUCACGCUGAACUCGUCGAUUCGGGCGUACCGCAUCGAGAACGGCAGAAGCUACCAUGCGUACCGUGAAGGCGCGUAUUGGGGCCCCAACGACGAAAAAGCCCAAGACAUCCUCGACAUGGCCCACCACAUGUACCUCCUAACCCUCAACAACGCGCUGCACCUCGCGCCCCUCCGCGACCCCAAACGUAUCCUCGACGUCGGCACCGGCACCGGCAUCUGGGCCAUCGACGUGGCCGAGCAGUACCCCACGGCGGCCAUCACCGGCUCCGACCUCUCGCCCAUCCAGCCCGAGUGGGUGCCGCCCAACUGCGUCUUCGAGGUCGACGACUUCACCCAGCCGUGGCUGUACGGCGCCGCCGUGCUCGACUUCGUGCACAUCCGCGAGCUCUUCGGCAGCGUGCCGGACUGGGACGCGUUCUUCGCGCAGGCGCACCGCGCGCUCAAGCCCGGCGGCUGGAUCGAGGUCGUCGAGCACAGCGUGCAGCCCGUCUCCGACGACGACACGGUGGACGCGGACCACUUCUUCACGCUGUGGGGGAACACGGUGAUUGAGAUGGGCGAGCGGUUCGGGAAGAGCUUUACGAUUUGGAACGAGGCGAAGGAGCGCCUGGAGCGCGCGGGGUUCGUGGAUGUGGUUGAGGUAAGGUAUAAGUGGCCGAUGAACGGAUGGAGUAGGGAUGAGCGGCUGAAGCGGAUCGGGCUGUGGAAUCAGUACCGGCUGCAUAAUGGGGUGGAGGGGUUUAUGCUGCGGCUGUUGACGCAGGCGGGCGGGUGGAGUGUGGCAAGGGCACAGGUGUUUUUGGCGCAGAUGCGGGCGGCGAUUAAGGAUGAGAAGACGCAUGCGUAUUUGCCUGGGACUGUGGUGUAUGGACGAAAGCCGCUGUGAGUUGGGUGCAAAGUGUUGUAUUUUGAAUGUGUUUACGAAGUUAUGAGGGGGAUUGGGAAAUCUAAAAGUAAAGGGAUCUGAAAUUCUGCAUAGAUACCCCAGUUAGGGUGUAAGAUAAGAGUUGGAUUUUGGCUUGGAGAUAAUGUGCUAUACAGUACUAGGACACAAGAUUGCGCGUGUCGUCUUUGUAUCUCUUCCAAAAGUAUGAUGAUGUGCCAAAGCACCACAAACAGCGGCCACGUAGGCCGACUGUGAGCGCAUGAAACCUCUCUGAUUCAAGCUCGCAAGGCCGUCGAAUAGUAUCGGAAGUUUCAAAAUGUGCUGAAGCACUUCAAACGGUGGCGAGCAAGUGUGCCCAGACUUCUAGCAAGGCAUUGUAACUUCGGUCUUCGCUUCAGUGUGGUCUGAAUUCGUGCACGGAACGUAAACUUCAGGAUAGACCUUGCUGAUGGCGUCGUCUGAGGUGAGCUAGCAAGGUAUCAGGACGA